AUGACUCAUGAGAUCAUGAAAUGCAAGAGCUCAUCUGGGGGGAGCAGGUGGAGUGAGGAGACCAAGAGCACUGUCCCUGAAGCGGAAGACCUGGGCAGAGGAGGACAAGGACCAGCUGAUGCAGCCAGCAGUCCUAGAAAAGGCCAGGAAGAAACUGGCCCCUCCCGGACUCGGCAGAGACUGAUGGAGAGGCAGAGGCGGAAGGCGGACAUCGAGAAGGGGCUGCAGUUCAUUCAGUCGACCCUACCCUUAAAGCAAGAAGAAUAUGAGGCCUUUCUGCUCAAGCUGGUGCAGAACCUGUUCGCUGAGGGCAAUGACCUGUUCCGGGAGAAGGACUACAAGCAGGCGCUGGUGCAGUACAUGGAGGGGCUGAACGUGGCCGACUACGCUGCCUCCGACCAGGUGGCCCUGCCCCGGGAACUGCUGUGUAAGCUCCACGUCAACCGGGCAGCCUGCUACUUCACCAUGGGCCUGUACGAGAAGGCGCUGGAGGACAGCGAGAAGGCGCUGGGCUUGGACAGCGAGAACAUCCGGGCGCUGUUCCGCAAGGCACGGGCCCUGACCGAGCUGGGGCGCCACAAGGAGGCCUACGCGUGCAGCAGCCGCUGCUCCCUGGCCCUGCCCCACGAUGAAAGUGUAACUCAGCUUGGUCAGGAGCUGGCUCAGAAGCUUGGGCUUCGAGUUCGGAAGGCAUAUAAGAGGCCCCAGGAAUUGGAAACCUUUUCUCUGCUCAGUAAUGGCACUGCGGCUGGUGUGGCAGAUCAGGGAACUUCCAAUGGAUUGGGGUCCAUAGAUGACAUCGAAACAGACUGCCACGUGGACCUGCGAGGCUCCCCGGCCCCCCUCCCCUCCACCCCCACGAUGCCCCUCUUCCCUCGCGUCCUGGGCCUGCUGGCCCCGCUGGACAGCAGCAGCAGGGCCCUGCCCGGCACCGAGGGCCUGGACGACUUCUCCGACGGGGACGUCUUUGGCCCGGAGCUGGACACGCUCCUGGACUCUCUGUCCCUGGUGCAGGGUGGCCUGCCUGGCGGCGGUGUGCCCAGCGAGCUGCCCCAGCUGAUCCCCGUGUUCCCCGGUGGGACCCCGCUGCUGCCCCCCGUGGUGGGGGGCUCCAUCCCUGUGUCCAGCCCGCUGCCCCCUGCCUCCUUCGGCCUCGUCGUGGACCCCUCCAAGAAGCUGGCAGCCUCCAUGCUGGAUGCCCUGGAGCCCCCAGGCUCGGGGCUGGACUCCCUGGACCUGCUGCCAUAUUCGGAGACCCGAUUGGACGCCCUUGACAGCUUCGGGUCGUCCCGUGGUUCCCUGGACAAGCCCAGCUCCUUCCUGGAGGACGGCAACUCACAGGACCAUCGUCCCUCGAGCGGUACUCAGAAGCCAGCCCCCUCGCCAGAGCCUUCCAUGCCCAACACCGCCUUGCUCAUCAAGAACCCUUUGGCUGCCACCCACGAGUUUAAGCAGGCCUGUCAGCUCUGCUACCCCAAAACAGGCCCCAGAGCGGGCGACUACACCUACCGCGAGGGCCUUGAGCACAAGUGCAAGAGGGACAUGCUGCUCGGCCGGCUCCGGAGCGCCGAGGACCAGACAUGGAGGCGCAUCCGGCCCCGGCCCACCAAGACCAGCUUCGUGGGCUCCUAUUACCUGUGCAAAGACAUGAUUAACAAGCAGGACUGUAAGUACGGGGAUAACUGCACCUUCGCCUACCAUCAGGAGGAGAUCGACGUGUGGACGGAGGAGCGGAAGGGCACCCUUAACCGCGACCUGCUCUUCGACCCGCUGGGGGGCGUCAAGCGCGGCAGCCUCACCAUCGCCAAGCUCCUCAAGGAGCACCAGGGCAUCUUCACUUUCCUCUGUGAGAUCUGCUUUGACAGUAAACCCCGGAUCAUCAGCAAAGGCACCAAGGACUCUCCGUCUGUCUGCUCCAACCUGGCUGCCAAGCACAGCUUCUACAACAACAAGUGCCUGGUGCACAUCGUCCGCUCCACCUCCCUCAAGUACUCCAAGGUUCGCCAGUUCCAGGAGCACUUCCAGUUCGACGUGUGCCGCCACGAGGUGCGAUACGGCUGCCUGCGCGAGGACAGCUGCCACUUCGCCCACAGCUUCAUCGAGCUCAAGGUCUGGCUCCUGCAGCAGUACUCAGGCAUGACCCACGAAGACAUCGUCCAGGAAUCCAAGAAAUACUGGCAGCAGAUGGAGGCUCACACAGGGAAGGCCAGCAGCAGCUUGGGUGCCCCGCGGACCCAUGGGCCUAGCACCUUUGACCUGCAGAUGAAGUUUGUGUGUGGCCAGUGCUGGAGGAACGGGCAGGUGGUGGAGCCCGACAAGGACCUCAAGUACUGCAGCGCCAAGGCGCGGCACUGCUGGACCAAGGAGCGGCGGGUCCUCCUGGUGAUGUCCAAGGCCAAGAGGAAGUGGGUGUCGGUGCGGCCGCUGCCGUCCAUUCGCAACUUCCCACAGCAAUACGAUCUCUGCAUCCACGCACAGAAUGGCCGCAAGUGCCAGUACGUGGGAAACUGCUCCUUUGCACACAGCCCAGAGGAGAGGGACAUGUGGACAUUCAUGAAGGAGAACAAGAUCCUGGACAUGCAGCAGACCUAUGACAUGUGGCUGAAGAAACACAACCCUGGGAAGCCAGGGGAAGGGACACCCGUUGGUUCACGGGAAGGGGAAAAGCAGAUCCAGAUGCCCACGGACUACGCCGACAUCAUGAUGGGGUACCACUGCUGGCUCUGUGGCAAGAACAGCAACAGCAAGAAGCAGUGGCAGCAGCACAUCCAGUCCGAGAAGCAUAAGGAAAAGGUGUUCACGUCCGACAGUGACGCCAGCGGCUGGGCCUACCGCUUCCCCAUGGGCGAGUUCCGGCUCUGUGACAGGCUCCAGAAGGGCAAGGCCUGCCCAGACGGGGACAAGUGCCGCUGCGCUCACGGGCAGGAGGAGCUCAACGAGUGGCUGGACCGGCGUGAGGUGCUGAAGCAGAAGCUGGCCAAGGCCCGCAAGGACAUGCUCCUGUGCCCGCGGGACGACGACUUCGGCAAAUACAACUUCCUGCUGCAGGAGGACGGGAACACCCCUGGUGCCGCCCCGGAGGCCCCCGCCACUGCCGCCAGCACCGGGGACUAG